CCCACAGCAUCUGGCCUGGGGCUGACACGUGAUGCUCAGUACAUGCUGGUCAAAUGUGUGAAGGAAGGCGGCGCCCCUUGUUCUGCUUUUAGAUCCCAAAUCCUGACAGAGCUUCAUGGAGCCCAGGCCUGGCAGGCUCCCAGAAAUUGAAGCCACCGGAUCCCACAUGGAACCAAAGGCCUCAUGUUCUGCUGCUGCACCCUCGAUGGAGAGAAAAUUCCAUGUUCUCCUGGGUGUCACUGGGAGUGUUGCAGCCCUGAAGUUGCCUCUUCUGGUGUCACAGCUUUUGGACAUUCCUGGGCUGGAAGUAGCAGUGGUCACAACUGAGAGAGCCAAACAUUUCUACAGCCCCCAGGACGUUCCUGUCACCCUCUACAGCGAUGCUGACGAAUGGGAGAUGUGGAAGCACCGCUCUGACCCCGUCCUUCACAUUGACCUGCGAAGGUGGGCAGACCUCAUGCUGGUGGCUCCUCUUGAUGCCAACACUCUGGGGAAGGUGGCCAGCGGCAUCUGUGACAAUUUGCUUACCUGUGUCAUCCGGGCCUGGGACCGCAGCAAGCCCCUGUUCUUCUGCCCGGCGAUGAACACUGCCAUGUGGGAGCACCCCAUCACCGCGCAGCAGGUGGACCAGCUCAAGGCCUUCGGCUACGUUGAGAUCCCCUGUGUGGCCAAGAAGCUGGUGUGUGGAGACCAAGGUCUGGGGGCCAUGGCUGAGGUGGGGACCAUUGUGGACAAAGUGAAAGAAGUCCUCUCCCAGCAUGAUGGCUUCCAGCAGAAUUGAACUGGGAUUUCUGUCACGUGCGUCCCUCCGUAUUCAGCGUGGGUUCAGGACAAGCUGGUGAAGAAGAUGGACGCUGGCAACAUACGGUGAGGAUUCCUCCCUUUGCUGAGUAGGGACCUAGCCUGGGCCUGCUCUGAGCCUCCCAGGAGUUGGACCUGCUCCAGGUUAAACUGCACCGAAGGUGCAGCUCCCAGCUUUCAACCAGGAGGUGCUACUGCAUGGAGCCCCUGCCCACCUUUUCCUGUGAUGGGUGCAGCAAGUCAGGUGAGCACGCUGCCGAGCUGUCCUCACGGGAGGAGGACUGAGUGGUGGAGAAACCUCACCUCUACGUCUCGUCCAGAAACACCACAACUGGAGAGCCCUGGCUGAGCCGUGAGAGCUUUGGCCCUUUGGUGGGGUGCUCGGCUGCCGGAGUCAGAGAAGCCUGUGAACUGGCGGGACUCUGAGGUUUCCUGCAGACCAGGCCGUGAGACUGGGGUGCUGGGAAAUAACGAAAAUACCCAUUUAGGAGACUCCUUCCUUCCUUUGCAGCCUGUCUGUGGUCUCAGAGAUUGGGGGCGUUGCUAGGCGAGGCUGGGGAAGGGUCCGGGCUGACGACUGACCAGCACUCCUUAGUCCCUGUAGAACGUGGUGAUUAAGGACAAAAAGCUCUGAAGCCGGACAGCCCCUAGUUCAAAUCCCAGCUCUGCCUCAUACUAGCAGUGGGACCUUGGCUCAGGACUCGGCCUUCCUGACCCUCACUUUCCUCAUGUGUAUCAUUAGCCUACCCUCAUGGAGUUGUUAAGAGGAUUCAAUGAGAUUAUGUGUGCAAAAUACCCACCCUCCCAAGUGGCUGGAACAUAGUAAAUGUCCAAUUUACUAAAUGUAAAUGUCCAGUUGAAGCUGGACAUGUAUAUGUCCCAGGGAGCUUUCAUAACAGGUACUGAAAUAGCCUGUCUCAUUUACUGAAAUAGCCUUUCCAUUUGGGAAAAAUGGAAUCCUGGACCCUAAGCUGACUUGGCCUUUUAUGCAAGUGACAGAGAAGCACCGUAGGGUUGAACCUGCCCUGGGUCCCAGGCCCCUUGCUUGCUUCCUGGUUUCCUCUGUUAUCCUCAUCCUUCCAGCUUUGCUGCACCUGAGCGGGGUGCCUGGGGGUCUGGGCCCCCCGCCCUCCCACAGUACACAUGAACAGAGGAGGUAGAGCCAGACAGACCAUGCACCCUGGCCUAGAAACCCUCCCUGCCCUGCUUUUGACCUAGUUGCUGUUUGGCUACUGUGGAGAGGAGCUUGUUUGCCUAUCUGGGGCUCAGGUUGGGGCUGGCUUGCUGCCCUCCUGGCUUCCAGGCCAGACAUAGGGGGUACCCCGUGCGUGCCCUGCGAGCACUGAGGGUAAGAGGUGUCUUGGGACCAGGAAGCCUGCUGGCUGGAACCAAGGCUCCAGCAGCCUCCAAGAGCCUUUAUCUCCACAGCACUUGAUUUAUGGGAGCCUUUGGGAUAAAAUUGCCUUAGGGCAUUAAAGAAAGUAGGACUAAAAGUGGUGGCAUCAAGAACCAAUCUCUGUGGCUGGUUCAGGGGUGGAUCAUGGGAGGAGCCUUGAGACUGACAUCCAGAGACAAUCCCAGAGUCGCAUUCACAAGGUUUUCAUUUUCCGUCCUGUCCACAUCACCCCUCUUCUCCCUCAGCGACCUGCUAUAAAUGGGGAGGCUGUCCAAUUGCAACAGAAACCGCUAUGUUCACUGAUGCCUUUGACGCACAGCUCUGUGCUGGGCACUUUAGGGAAGACAGUUGCCCAGGGAGACCAGCCACAAAACGCCUGUGUGAAAGGCCAUCGAAGAACAGAAGGUCGCAGGCCCCUGUCUCGUAGCCCUGAAAACAGCUGUGGCUACUCAGCAGGACUGAGCCUUGUCGGCUGUAAGGAAAGAGAUAUCUCCGGGCCAGGCCAGCUGGAGGCCCCGUUGCUGGGGGCCUGCCACUCCGUCUCCCACCCACGGCAGUCCUGCACCUCUGCUACCCAAUUUGAGUGGGGGUCUGGAUGUAUGGGCAUGGACUGGGCCUAAAGACCCCUGGUGUCCCCUGUGCCAGACUAGAGCUAAGAGGCGUGGGCAGUUGCGCUUACCUGGCCCCACCUGCCAGUGGGGUGCUGAUGGGGAGUGACAACCACAGCUUUCCCCGCUAAGGGUCCAAGCUCUUAAAGUUGUCAUCACCUCGGGUAGAAAUGUUUCUCAGAAAGGAUGCUAGCUUCCCUGAUGAUUUUUAUAGAAUUCUGGAAGUUUGACUGAACAGAGCAUUUAUGUCUGAAAUUGACACUCUUAUUUGGCAGCCUGUACUUCAAGGGGCAGAAGCCUCUGAGCCAGGGCCCCGCCUCUACCUGGGGCUGUCUCUAGCUCUUCCUCCAUGUGGCUGGUGAGUCCGGCUGCUGUCCCCUCACUGUCUCUGGCUCAGGCUCUGAAUCCCGGGCAAUACACACCGGCCCUCGGUGGUCUGGCCUCUGCCUCCCCUCUAGCCCCACACUUUACCCCACGCCAACCCUGUGGGCUCCCUGCCCUCUUGCCAGACUGGACAGUCUCGAACAAGCCGUGUUGCUUCUUGCCUCUUGCCUUUGCACAGGCUGAUUCCUGUACAUGCCUCUGGACGUACCCGCGUGCCACCUCCCUCAGAAAGCCUUCCCUGGCCGACUCAGACUGGAUUGGGUGCCUUGCCCAGGUUCCUGUUGUGCCCCAUGCUAUUUAUGACAACAGAAUUGUAAUCGUCAGUUUAUUCUGUGUCUCCCUAAAAUUGGGACCUCUUGGAGAGCAGGAGCUGUCCUGUUCCUUACAGAACCCAGCAAGGCAUUCUAAGCUUGUACCGACAAAAAAAGGUGGAGGGGGGCGUCCUGUUCCUUUCUGUGCAAGGCACAAAACCCAGGAGCCAUGAAAGCAAAGACUGACAAAUUUGACUGUAGAAAAAUAGAUAGUUCUAUUGAGCAAUAUCCCAAAGGCAAGUUCAAAGGGAAUAUCACACUGGGGAAAUUACAGCUCAUGUAACAAGUUCUCCUAACAUAUAAAGAGGUGUGCUAUAAAUCGAUUAGAAAAAUACCAAGAACACAUACACAAAAAAGUAAGCAGAGGAUAAAAAACACACACACACAGACCAAAAAACAAGCACACAAAGGGCCUUAAACAUAAGUAGCUACUCAGCCACAUGCAUGAGCAGAGUGGUACAAAUCAAACUACACUGACAUGAAAGUUUUUGCCUAUUAGAUUGACAAGGGUGUGGAGAAUUGGCACCUUCGUACAAUGCUGGUAGGAGUGUAAAUUGAUGCAACCUCUUUGGAGAACAAUCUAGAAGUAUCUAUCAGAAUUACAUAUGUACCUUACCCUUUGACCCAGAAAUUCUUCAGGGAUUUGUCCCACAGAUACACACAUGUAUAUGACAUUAUGUCUGAACAGGCUGUUUAUUGCAGCAUUGUAUAUGGUACUAAGAGACUGGAAACACCCUCACUAUCUGACCCCCAGAGGUUGGGUAAAUAAAUUAGGAUUCAUUCAUACACUGGAACACUACACAGCUGUAAAACAUGUCACGGAAGCUCUUCAUGUGCUAAUUUGGGAAGAUUUCUGAGGUACGUUGUUAAACAGAAAAAGCAAGAUGCAGAACAAUGUGUAUCACAUGCUAGCUUGUGGAUGAUAAAUAGGGGUGGAGGGAGAAAAGGAGGAUAUAUUCACAUUGGCUUAUGUAUGCAUCAAAUACCUAUUGAAAAAUAAACAAGAAAACUGUC